UUAAACCAGCUAAUCCUCCUCCGCUUUAUUCUGAUUCCUCUACCUAUGGCUAUAUAUGAUCAUACUCGCUUUCAUGUUUCUCAAACAGUUGCCACAUCCAUUCUCAAGAAACCAUGGCUAGGAACAUGGAUUUUCUGGUAUGUCUCUUCAUCAUGGCUUUGGACAUCAUAGCCGGAGUUCUCGGCAUACAGGCCGAGGUUGCUCAGAACAAGGUCCAAAACUUGAGGGUGUGGAUAUUCGAGUGCAGAGAUCCAAGCUACGAGGCUUUCAAGCUUGGAUUAGCUGCGGUGGUGAUGCUGUGCCUGGCACACAUUGUAGCCAAUUUGCUUGCAGGAUGCAUCUUCAUCAGCUCCAAAGAAGAACUCGACCGGGCUUCGUCUAACAAGCAACUCGCUGCGGCCUCCCUCAUCAUGUCAUGGAUUAUGUUGGGAAUCGCAUUCAUCCUGCUCAUAUCGGGAACAUUGAACAACUCAAAAUCCAGAAACAACUGUGGUAUAAGCCAUCAACGGCAGCUGUCUAUUGGAGGGAUCCUGUGUUUCAUUCAUGGACUCUUUGCGGUUGCCUAUUAUAUAUCUGCAGCUGCUGUUUUUAGAGAAGAACGGAACCCGCAUCAACCACCCAAACCAGAUCAGCAACCAAUUCCUGCCUGAUCUUCCACACUCGCCCCUCCCAAUAGUUUACUUGAAUUUUCGACUUCUCAUCGUCUUCUUGUUUCUCUCGUACAAUAUAUGAUUCUUUCUUUUUCUUCUGGAAAAAUGCCAUUUUGUAUUA